GGCCCAAGAGAAGCCAUGGAGCUGCAACAACUCAGCCGGAAACCCAAACGCAACGCGUCCCUGACCCUCGGCGAGCUCUUGCAGCGAGUAAGCAACUCCGGUGACGAUGACAACAUGCCGUCACACCGAGUUCUCGAGCUCUCCCAACCCACUUCAUUCCCUUUUGUUCUCUCCUUCAACCACCUCACUUAUAGCGUUAAAGUUUCUCCCAAAAUGACACUUCCAACGUGUUUUGGACGUAAAACAACUCAUGAGUUACAGAAUAAGGCUGGUAACAUGAAGGUGUUAUUGAAUGACAUUUCCGGCGAGGCGAGAGAAGGCGAGAUCAUGGCCGUCCUCGGGGCGAGUGGGUCCGGCAAAUCAACUCUGAUUGAUGCAAUAGCCAACCGGAUCUCUAAAGAAAGCAUGAAGGGUAGUGUCACUCUGAAUGGUGAAGUUUUGGAGUCCAAGCUUGCCAAAGUAAUAUCAGCUUAUGUGAUGCAAGAUGACCUAUUAUUUCCGAUGUUAACCGUGGAAGAAACCCUCACUUUCUCGGCCGAAUUCCGGCUACCCCAGACUCUCUCCAAGUCCAAGAAGAAGGCCAGAGUCCAAGCAUUGAUAGACCAAUUAGGCCUUCGAAACGCGGCGCAGACGGUGAUCGGUGAUGAAGGCCAUAGAGGUGUUUCGGGUGGCGAACGUCGGCGAGUUUCAAUUGGAAUCGACAUAAUUCACGACCCCAUCGUCCUCUUCCUCGACGAACCCACCUCGGGGCUCGACUCCACGAGCGCUUUCAUGGUGGUGAAGGUCUUGCAGAGAAUUGCUCAGAGUGGAAGCAUAGUGAUCAUGUCCAUUCAUCAGCCAAGUUACAGAAUUCUCAACCUCGUCGACCGUAUGAUCUUCCUUUCACGUGGUCAGACCGUCUACAGCGGCUCACCGGCUGGUCUUCCCCAGUUCUUCGCUGAAUUCGGACACCCAAUACUGGGAAAUGAAGAUCGGGCUGAAUUUGCUCUCGAUCUGAUUCGCGAGCUGGAAGGAUCAACAGGUGGGACCAAAAGUAUAGUUGAGUUCAACAAGUCACGGCAAAUUAACAAACAUGUCCACAAUCAAUCCAAUGGUGGAAUGAAAAUUUCUCUUAAAGAUGCAAUAAGUGCAAGUAUUUCUAGAGGAAAACUAAUGUCUGGAACCACAAAUGUGAGCUCAAAUUUUCCAACAUUUGCCAAUCCGUUUUGGAUCGAAGUCAUUGUCAUAGCAAAACGGUCACUAACCAACUCAUGGCGAUCGCCGGAGCUAUUUGGGAUUCGAUUAGGGGCUGUUCUUGUCACCGGAAUCAUGCUUGCUACAAUUUUCUGGCGACUGGACAAUUCCCCAAAAGGGGUUCAAGAAAGGGUUGGGUUUUUCGCAUUUGCCAUGUCCACAAUCUUCUACACAUGUGCAGAAGCCAUACCAGUCUUUCUUCAAGAAAGAUACAUCUUCAUGAGAGAGACAGCUUACAAUGCUUAUCGUAGGUCGUCUUAUGUCCUGUCUCACUCUGUCAUCUCCAUUCCUUCGCUCAUCUUCCUCUCGUUCACUUUCGCUGCAACCACUUUCUGGGCGGUGGGUCUGGCCGGAGGCCUUUCCGGGUUCCUCUUCUUUUUCUUCUCCAUCUUGGCCGCGUUCUGGGCCGGGAGCUCCUUUGUUACCUUCCUCUCCGGCGUUGUUUCUCAUGUGAUGUUGGGUUACACAGUUGUUGUGGCCAUUUUAGCUUACUUUCUGCUCUUCAGUGGGUUCUUUAUAACCCGAGAUCGAAUUCCUUCGUAUUGGAUAUGGUUUCAUUAUAUGUCUCUGGUGAAGUAUCCAUAUGAAGGUGUGUUGCGCAACGAGUUCGAUGACCCGAGUAAGUGUUUUGUGAGAGGGAUUCAGGUAUUCGAUAACUCGCCAUUGGGGGCAGCUUCGACGGCCUUGAAGCUGAAGAUGUUGAAGAGUAUGAGCAGUGCUAUGGGGGUGAACAUUACCAGCUCAACUUGCUUGACCACAGGGGUAGACAUAUUGAAGCAACAAGGGGUCACUGAUCUAAGCAAGUGGGGUUGCUUGUGGAUCACUACAGCUCUUGGGUUUUUCUUCCGGAUCCUGUUUUACUUUACUCUCUUGCUUGGGAGCAAGAACAAGAGGAGGUGAUCGGGGAGGAUUGGAUUAAUAUUUGUGGAUUUUGGAGCCAGCAUCUUGGGGAUCAGCAGCAGAAACAAAAAUUUGGCGGGAAUGACUUGUUUUGGUUUUUAGUUUAUUUUAAAAUGUUUGAUUUGAUUUUAUUUAAAUUUCGUUUUGGUGAUUGGUAGUUGGGGAUUUUGGUGUUGCUUGAAUCUGUUACAUGUAACGCAAGUCUAUCGAAACCUUAGCUAAUAUGGGGGUGACUUAGUUUAAGUUUUGAAUGUAGCA